GCCCACUGCACGCACCUGCUUCAGCCCACUGCACACACCUUCCGUCAUCUGGGGAAGCUUCUCAGCGAAAGGCCCCUCGCCAAGCCCGGGCAACUUCAUCACCGCAUCCCGCUUUUAAAGUUACCUGGGUCGUCUUGCAAAUCAUUGCGCCGCGAAGACUAUGGCUAGCAAGAUUAUCCCGCGCUGAGUUACGCUGCGUACGAUCCGUCCUUGUCAUACCACCGUGUUCAACUCAACAGUUUAGACGAUGUCAUCGGCCGACCAGGUUGGCGCGCUGCUCGCGUCCCGAAUGCCGACGCCCAUUGCACAGCUCAACCCUGAUUUUCCCGACCAAGCUUCCUGCGUUGUUCGCGGCGAGGUAACCAUCACGUGGCCCUAUAGCAUUGUCAAUCGCACCUUUGCCUUUCUCCUCGCCGAGCCCGACGUACUGCUGCGUCGCGUCAGGGGUCAAGUGCGCAUCGAGCUUCAUGGAUCCAGCGCGAAAGCCGUGGCCGACUGUGGCCUUGGAGGCGGGGACGAAGUCUACAUCGGUCUCGACGGCGUGCGUUGGGCCAAAGACGAUUCGCCAGGCCGCAUCCCAGGAGCGCGGCUAGAUUGGCAAUUGCAGUUUGACGAGAAACUGGCUCUCAAGGUUAAUUUUCUUGAGUCCGGAGAGCAGAAAUGCAUCAGCAUAGAUCACCCACAGCCCGAGGUGCCGAAGGAGAUAGUGGCCGAACCCCAGCUCGUCUCUACGCCUGCCGUCCGCAGAAUCGCCGACUUCGAAGCAGACGAAUACCCCUCGCCAGCAUUCUUGAAGAGGGCCAGAAUCUCAUAUGGAGACGGUGGGGUCAAGGGUAGGGGCAGAAAGCGAACCCGAUUCGGACGCGACAGCAGCGCGUGGAGAUAUACCAGCCAGUCGCCAAACUCGCCGCGGAUGGCAGACGAGUGCGUCCAGACGCUGGACAUUGUAGCGCCCGAGACGUGGGGAGUUGAAGCGACAGAGACAGGGCCCACUCCUGUACCAGCCACUGCAUCCAUAUCGCCAGAUACAUCUAUGUUAGAUGCUCCUGCUGAGGCCGUACUUCCUUCCGCCAUAGCUCCUCCGUCGGCGACUUCCCCAAGGGCGACUCCGGCGAUAUCUGCUCCGGCGUCAUCCCCACCUAUGUCGCAUAUCCCAGCAACGGACUCCGAAGUGCCAUCCCCCCCGGUCGUGAUACCAGAGGAGCAGGCGCAAAAGCAGCCUACCGCUCUAAUGAGCGACGAUACGGAUGCUAAAGCAGACGCCAACGCAGACGUUGAUAUGGACCCAGAAGUUCCACAGCCAACGGCUCGUCCAACCAGCAGCGUAGCGGAAAUUCCCACCAGCCUGUUUGGAGUCUCAGCGCCUACGAAGUCGACUUUCUCAAUGUUCGGCACCAAGAGCCAUUCGCGAGGAGAUUCCAAUGUCAGCCUAGCUGAUCAAGUCAGAUUUGGGUUUUCGCAUAUUCCAACUGUUCAGCCCCGAGCUGCUACAGAUCAUCCCAUUCCUAUUCAUUCAGAUUCCAACAAUGGAGAGCCUGAAGCCUAUCCAGAGUCCUUCCUCGAUGCACCGUCUGGUCCGGUAGAAUUUGCCGACAUGACGUCCUAUCUAAACGAAGCAGAAGCACAUUUGGAAAUUGAACCCAUUCGGAGUCACGAUAUUGCUCCAGAACCUCACAUGUUGGAACACUUUGACCACUGGAAUGCGGCAAUACACGCUCCCAACUACAGUGUGGUUGAGGUAGGAUCAAGAACUGCCCUUGGAGAGCCCUCGCUUGGGUCGGAUAGCAUUAAACCAACAGGUAUACCAGAAGGUUUUGCCAGCUACGGAGUACAAGAUGGUGCCCCCCAACCCUCACCACUGCCAAAGAAAAGCUAUCUGCCAGAAAAUGACUUUGCCAAGGACGUUGACUACAACGAUGAAGACGCCGAGUACGACGAACGUGGGGCAGAAAUUGAGGAGGGCGACUAUGAUCAACGCAACUACAAUGUGCCGGCAGACGACGAUGAGGGCGUUUCAGACGAGGAUAACGAGAUCAAUCAAGAGAUUAAGGAGCGUUAUGGCCAGGAAGACAUAUAUGAUGAGGAUGAGGAGGACGAAGAGGAAGAAGGUGAAAGUGAAGGGUACGACGAAAGUGACGAAGAUCAGUAUCACUCGGAGCCUCCUCGAAACCAAGCUGCCACAUCAACACAGAAGAAACCAAUUGUUAUUAGCUUACUUUCGGAUUCGGAGGAUGAUGAUGAGCCACCGCCGAAACCAAGUAAUCCGGCAGCGGCGUCCAACUCCACUCCUCGACAGCCACCCGCUCCCGUGGAGGGAUCAAACCACAAGUGCUCAGCGGAUGUGUCAUAUCCGGUACUUCCUGCUGUCGAGUUCGAGAAUAGUAAGGAGGUUGAUCGUGCUCCGAACGGAACCAAUGCUCUUGGUUUCGAUACAGUAUCGAAAAGAGACCGACGAGAAGCAGUUGAUUCAGGCGCGGAAGGAAGUGAUAGCGAAGAGGGAGUUUCACCGUCCAAACAAUGGUCUCCUUACCAGCGCGAUAUUGGCAACUUCCAGGAUUCUAGGCGGACCGCCGAAGAAGAUGCCGAGUUUGACGACGAUAAUAGUGUUGAAGGUUCUUUGAGCGAGGAUGACCUCUUUGUUCGGCAAUCUAAAUCUCCUGAUGCCAACGACAGCGAUUCUUGGAGCGAGGAAGAACAAGUGGAGCAAUCUCGGGCUCAAGAUGUCGACGAGGAUGAUGACAUGGACGAUGAAGAAAGCGUUGUCUCGGACGAAGACGGCAAUGUCUUUGCAGAAGCUGCCGAAGUCCCCGUUGACCCCGCGCUAGAAGAAGGCUACAGCAAUCAUGGCUUUGGCGACAACGACACAAUGGACGUUGAUGAGGUCGAAGCUGAGGCAGAGGCUAAAGUGGAAGCCGACGUCCAAGAGGUCCAGCACCAAGCUAAAGCCGAAGCAGAGGCAGAAGCCCUAGCCCAGACGGAGGUUGAAUCGGAAGCCGACGUCCAAGCCAAAGCCCAAGCCCAAGCUGAAGUAGAGGCAGAAGCUCAAGCCCAGACGGAAGCGGAAGCGGAAGCCGACGUUCAAUCCCAAGCUCAAGCUGAGGCUGAGGCUGAGGCUGAACUCCAAGCUCGGGCUGCAGUAGAGGCCGAAGCAAAGGCCAAAGCCCAAGCCCAGGCAGAUGCUGAAGCGAAAGCAGAGGCAGAAGUCCAAACCCAGGCAGAGGCGGAAGCGGAAGCGGAAGCGGAAGUGCAACUCCAAGCCCAAACCCAAGCACUAGCCGAAGCUGAAGCUCAGGCGCAGGCAAAGGCAGAAGCAGAAGCUAAAGUAGAAUUCGAAACCCAAGCUGAAGCUGAAGCAGAAGCAAAGGCUAACGCAGAGGCCGAAGCCGAAAUGGUUGAUGAGGAUGAUGUGUCAAUGGUUCAGGCCAGAACUUCUGAGAAUGGCCACGCUGGCAACGGAUUCAUGGAAGUGGAUGAUUCCUCUUUCUUAAGUCAGGUCGAUGACGAGUUGACCCAGGCGCCAAUAGAUACCGACGAAGAUGACACGACAAGCGAACCUGACGUCCCAUUGGAACAUGGAAACGGCCCCGAAACGUCUCAGGCAAAUUCGACUGAUGAGGCGGAGGAUACUCGUGAUGCCGAAGCUGAAAUGCUUGAUGCGCCUCCGGCCGCUUCCGGGACUAGCGAUGCCUCGCCAUCUAUUGCCAGGGCAAAUUCCGAAGAACGCCAGCCUUUGCGGAGUCCUGGCUUGGUGGAUGUCGACAAGGGAGCGCGAGACAUCUCUGAUCAUUUGUCUGUUGGAGAUGACACGUCCAUGGUCCCCGAAGAUGCCCCGGAAGUGGGAGAGGGAUUACCAGGACGUGAAGAGGGACAGACCGACGAUCUUCGACCGCAACACAGCAGCCCAGAAACCUCGAGACCCUCUCAGCCAGUAGGCCAGGACGUUUCUGAUCAGCAUGACAAGUCCUCCGCAAUUGCGCCAUCUUCUCCAUUAUCUAUUCAAGCUUCAGAGGAUGAUGUUCUUGCAGCAUCAUCUCCACCUGUAUCUCGCCCGACUUCGAAGGAUGACAAUCGAAUGCAUCAACUGUUAACUCCGAUGCAAAGCCAGUUGCCUGGCACGAUGGUGUUUCAGUCAGAGGUUAUCGUCGAGGAGAAGAUUGAGAUAGAAAUUAUGAACUCAGAGGGCCAUGAUGCCUACAUACUCACGCCGAGCGUACCGGAGGAGCACGAUGGCAGCCCUACCGACCAGCUAGUUGCAGACGCGAAAGCUAGUGUUCCAGAAUGGAAGCCAGAGCAAGAGGACGCGGAUGAGCAAACCGAAAAGGGCGAGUCCGGCAAACCUUUCCACGGUACUUACCUGCCAAGUUUUGUUGACACUCCUGAAAGUCCAGCAAAACAAAUCGAUACGGUAGACGAUGUAGACACUCCUGAAUUAUCAAGGAUGGCCGUGGACAGAAAGUCCCGCUCAGAAGCUCAUGUUGUUGGGUCAGAUACUCCCGAGGACCAGGAUAUUGAAGAUGAACAACUCGUCCUGGCAGGUGAAGGAAGCGCACGGGAAUAUCCGGAGCCAUCUCUCUUACAGGAGCCAGGAGCCUCUUCAAAAGAUCCCGUCGAGGAGGAGAUCACGGUGAAGACGAGGUCCCGCCAGCGCCGGGAGCCAUCUCAUGGCGCGGAUGCUAACGCGGGGCCAGAUGCGGCCCAUGUAGACCUCAGUGUCUACUUAGCUAGGCAGGCCGUGAGGCCAAGACCAUCCAGAUCUAAGAAAACCUCUGAUGCUCAACCUCUACGGACCAGCCCUAGAGCCCCGCGAACACGAUCAAGCAGCUUGCAAAUGAGCGCUACUCCUGAGCUGGAUGAAGAUACAAGCGUUGGCCUUGCAAAGGCCGCCUUAGCUUCCCCGUCAAAGGCGGGUUCGGACUCGGCCACCAGAUGCGCAGCUCUCAAGACUCAGCUCACAAAAGACCUACGAAAGAGUCUUCCCGAGUGUGCGCCGCUCAAAACGCUUCGCAACCAUAUCGACAAAUUUCCGAAUGUGAUUGCCAUUGUUACAACACAGCCGCCUAAGCCAACAAGGGCCAAAGGAGGCCCGCGUGAAUACAUGAUGUCAUUCCAUAUCACGGACCAGUCCAUCGGCCCGACACAGGUUGCAGAAGUGCAGCUCUACCGACCGCACAAAGAGUCGCUCCCGGUUGUCAAGCCAGGCGAUGCCAUCUUACUGCAGCGCUUCCAGGUGAAGUCAAUAAGCAACAAAGGGGUGGGCCUGCGCACGGCAAGCGAGUCGGCCUGGGCCGUGUUCGACUCGGACGGCGGUGCGCCGCAGAUCAAGGGGCCGCCCGUGGAGGACGCCGCCAACUACAGCGACCACAUGACUCUCUUGCGAGCUUGGUACCGGUCCCUGGAUAGUGUGGCGAAAGGCAAGCUGGACAAGGCGAACAAGAAAUUCGAGGACUUGAAUCACGCCAAUUAGGGACCAGCACGUGUAAAAUAACGUCUGCGAAGUGGAAUGAUUCCGUCUUCGCUGUAUUUAUCGAAUUAUGUUUAGUUUGAGAUAGUUUUCCUUCCCCUGAGUUGAGACUGAAUGGUUGGAGCGGCGUUUGUGGGCACGAUAGUCUGGGACAGGAACAUGGGGGGUGGGAUUGUUGGGACGCGGCAUACUACGUACUUCAGUAGGGGCCUUACAGCAUGGGUCCGUAAUAGAAACUGAGAUCUCACGAUCAGAAGGGCGUUUUGCUACUCG